AUGACGCCCAACAUGACGAGCGGUGCUGGGAAUGGCACAAGCGCGUCAACAGAGUGCGGCGCGCCGAACGUCAAGCUCAACAUUGUGUUUCUGAGUCUCGGUAGCCGCGGCGACUUGCGCACACACUUGGAGAUCGCAAAGACUCUACAACACCACUAUGGCCACCGUGUUCGCUUCGGCACUCACGACACACACAAGCCACAUGUCGAAGCCGCUGGGGUCGAGUUCUACUUUUCCGGCUCAGUAGAUCCCCGAGAGAUGAUGCGCAGAAGACACCUGCCGCGAGAGGAAAUCACGAAGAUGAUGCCCAUGAUCAAGGACGAGUUCCAGACGAUGGGCGAACGCUAUUGGAAAGCGUGCGUCAACGACCCUGCCGGUAUCCCCAGCGGAGCGGCACCCGCGCCUUUCGUGGCGGAUGUCGUCGCAGGGGGUAUGGCCAAGGGCGAUUCCGUAUUGCAGAACAAGUUUUCAUGGUGGUUUCAGGACAUACUCUUUUUCCAAACUUUCAAGUCCCUCAUGAUAGAGUUACGCGUGGAAUGGAUGGGCCUCGAGCCUUUUACACCGUUGUGGUACAUGAGUCAAUGGAACCGCCUCCGUGUCCCCUUUACCAACACCUGGUCGCCCGACUUUCUGCCAGCACCGCGCGACUGGGGCGACCACAUUGACAUCGCCGGCUUCAUGUUUCACGAUGAUCCCGACUACGAGGCACCAGCCGACCUUGAACGUUUUCUUGAGGCGGGAGACAAGCCGAUCUAUGUCGGGUUCGGCAGCAUGCCAUUUCUAGAGCCCCUGAAAGUUUUUCAGGAUGUGUGUGAAGGCAUAGAGAAAGCUGGCGUGCGCGCUGUUGUGGCACUAGGCUUGUCCGGACUUGAGACAGACGGUUUCGACGCACCUCAGAGUGUAUUCUUGACCAAAGAGUGCCCUCACGACUGGCUGUUUCCUCGUGUCUCCGCAGUCGUGAUACAUGGCGGAGCAGGCACGACGGCAAUGGCCCUCAGGUGCGGCCGUCCUAUCGUUAUGUGUCCUGUUGCCGGUGAUCAGCCAUUCUGGGCGAAUCGAGUCGUCAGGGCAGGUUGCGGACCAGAGCCGCUGUCCACCGCCCAGCUCACAGCCGACAAACUGGUAGGACGUAUAAAAGACGUCCUGAACCCAAAGUAUGCCGAGGCGGCUGCUGGCAUGGCAGCUAAGAUUGCCAGCGAAGAACCAGGCCAGGAGGUGUUUGCACAGCGCGCACAGCGAACCUUCAGCAUCUACGACAGCAAAGGGCGCUGCGACGUGUUCCCUGACAAGCCGGCCGUCUGGAAACUUGCAUCAAGCCGUGCAAGUAAACUCUCUGCUGUCGCAGCACACGUCCUGGUGCGUGAAGGCAAAGUGAGCCAAACUGACCUGGAGCGUCUGAUGCUCGUAAAACUACCUGAUCUCGCUAGUCCGGGUGACCCCCUGAGCGGCUCUAUCCUAGCGGUUGGCCGCAUUGCCUCUUCCAUCAAAGCAGACGUAAAGCAAAUGGUCUCGAAUGGCAAGGCCCCAGAGCAAAUAAGCAACUCCGAAGAAAAAGACAGAGUCUUCACCCGGCCAGAGCUCGAAGGGCCCGCCGGCUUUCCUUAUUGGCGCCCUUUUCCUACUUCUCCAUAUACUUCGAGCUACAUUUCCUUCGGGUUCUACAACCUGGUUGACUUCAUUGCGUAUGGACUAGGUAGUCACACAGAGCCAGAUCUGUUUGCCAGCAAUCCCCGUCUGUACUCGUACGGCCAGAUGAUUGGGUUCCGGCUUGCCAAACCAAUCAAAGAGCUAGCUUCCGUCGCCCAGCGGCCUGCACAGCUUCCCUUCGCCCUCCUCAGGGCUGUCGACAUUGAGGCGAGCAGAUCGAUGGGCGAGCGGCCGAAGAACGACGUGGUGGCCGAGGCUUGGAUACGCCAUGGCAGACUUGAGGCCGAAUACUUGGCUCAGCAUAGCAUUGAGGAGGGUGCAGACCUGACUUCUAGGGUCCUCAAGGCUUGGGACGGGAGGGGUGGGACGAAAGAUGUCGCUGAACGCAUCAUCUGA